GUUAUGUAGCGAGACUUCGGGUGUACCGGGUUCAGCGGACAAAUGUCUUGCUCUUUUUAAUGGGCGGUAAGUUGCCGGGCGCGUAGAUAUUGAAAUAAAAACUAAAAGAGGACUUCAGAAUGGAACCGUAUUGUUUGUAAUAGGUGGAAGUCGAACAUACGCUGCUGUGGAGGUAUUUUAAUAGACGCUAAGAGAGCAGACAGCAGAAUUCUCAUCAUAUCGACGCGUCUCGUUUCGCCGGCAUCUUUCAGUCGCUAACGAUGAAAAUAGCUAGCUGAGCUGAUUGACUCAAGUGGAAUUCGUGCUUGUGUGCGAGCUUCACGGUUGUGUUAGUGGUGCAAAGUGUGCGUUGUACGCCAAGUGAAAGCCGUCGGCUUUAAUAGAGGCACGUGGUGACGUAGUAGUCAGGACUCGCGAUAUAAAGGUGAUUCAGCCUUUGGUUAGUACAGGGUCAAGCUGUUCGGGAGAGCUGGACACAUGAUGCACCAGCAGGGCUCGUUGAUGCCCUCUUUGCUCAGUGGUGUAUUCUGCCAGUGCCGGUCGACAGACACACAUCCAGGGGCCGACCCUGGUGGUGGAGGCAGGGUUCCCCCCUCCGUCCCUCCCUCGGCAGCAUCACCAUCUAAACCAGUAACCCAACAGUCAGCGUCCGGCGUGUGGCACACCGACGAAGGAGACCAUCCAUGUGACAUAUGUGGGGGUUCGGAGCAGGAGCACAGACUCAAAGUGCUCUUCCAGGUCCUGGAUGUGAACGGGGAUGGAGGCAUCUGUGUGAACGACUUGACCAUUGGGCUAAAGAAGUUAGGAGUACAUCGCACUGAACAUGAGCUCAUGGUACUUGGUGGUUGCAGCUUUCCUAGCGGCCUCUUCGUGGAUCCCAUUUGCCGUGGGAUUCCCAGAGUGCAGUCACCCAAACAGUUUGGGAGAGCCAGUUUGAGGAUGCUGCUGGACAUACUGAGCUUCCUAUACCAGAGACUUUUUGGCAGGACACAAUGUAAGCCUGCUGAAACUCAGCUGCCAGGAGAGAAACAGUCUGAGACUACAAAAAACUGUAGAGGGCUACAGGCAAGUCUUCAGGAAAGCACUAAAGAGUCCUCUAAUGGUAAAGAAAUCAGCAGGAAUAAUGUUACUCCAAAGAAGACCAUGGUAUUAAUCAUGAUGGCGCCACCUACAGAUCUUCAACAGAAAAUAGUGAAAGCAGGAGACAAAGACCUGGAUGGACAGUUAGACUUUGAGGAAUUUGUCCAUUAUCUCAGAGACCAUGAGAAGAAACUCCGACUGGUCUUCAAGAGUUUGGACAGGAAGAAUGAUGGUCGAAUUGACUCACAAGAAAUCAUGCAGUCUCUGCGUGACCUGGGAGUGAACAUCUCUGAGGAACAGGCAGAGAAGAUUCUUAGAAGAAUAAGGAGGGGUCAUAUCUGGGCCCCUAUUAUGUAUAUGGAUAAAAAUGGAACAAUGACCAUUGACUGGAAUGAAUGGCGGGACUACCACCUCCUGCAUCCAGCUGACAACAUCCCUGAGAUUAUUCUUUAUUGGAAACACUCCUCGAUCUUUGAUGUAGGGGAGAGUCUGAUGGUUCCUGAUGAGUUCACAGCAGAGGAGAAGAAAAUGGGUAUGCUAUGGCGACACCUAGUGGCUGGAGGAGGGGCUGGUGCAGUGUCUCGAACUUGCACAGCACCAUUGGACCGUCUCAAAGUUCUCAUGCAGGUUCACUCCUCCAAGAGCAACAGUAUGCGUAUCGCUGGUGGCUUUGCUCAGAUGAUCCGAGAAGGCGGUACAAGGUCUCUGUGGCGAGGCAACGGUAUCAACGUCCUCAAAAUUGCCCCCGAGUCUGCAAUAAAGUUUAUGGCUUAUGAACAGAUUAAGCGACUGAUUGGAAGUAACCAGGAGACGUUGGGCAUCACAGAGAGACUAGUGGCUGGCUCUCUGGCUGGAGCGAUCGCUCAGAGCAGCAUAUACCCCAUGGAGGUCCUGAAGACACGGUUAGCCCUGAGGAAGACAGGUCAAUACUCGGGCAUCCAAGAUUGUGCUAAACAUAUCUUCCAGAGGGAAGGCGUGGCAGCUUUCUACAAGGGCUACAUCCCAAACAUGCUGGGCAUCAUUCCCUAUGCUGGCAUUGACCUGGCUGUCUAUGAGACUCUGAAGAAUUCGUGGUUGCAGCACUACGCUACAGAUAGUGCUGAUCCAGGAGUGUUUGUGCUACUCGCAUGUGGCACUACUUCCAGCACAUGUGGACAGUUGGCCAGCUACCCACUUGCUCUGGUCAGGACUCGAAUGCAAGCACAAGCUUCUCUUGGGGGAGGCCCUCAGAUGAGCAUGACAGGACUGUUCAGACACAUUAUUAGGACUGAGGGACCAAUAGGACUCUACCGAGGACUGGCACCCAACUUCAUGAAGGUCAUUCCAUCUGUCAGCAUCAGCUACGUGGUCUACGAGUACCUGAAGAUCACGCUGGGAGUCCAGUCAAAGUGACCAAGGAGGCAGACAGAAGAAAAUAAGUGGCCAAAGGUUUUGUUUGUUUGUUUGUUUGUGGUCUGAAAUGACCAGCUACAGUUUAACAUAUUUCAGUGCAGAAAAUGAAGGACAAAGCUGAGAUGUGUGAUUUGAAGAGAGAAAAAACUUGACUGAGGUCAUGUCUGUCAGUUGUUCUCUUAAGCUUUCUUUUAGCAGCUCGGUGGUAUUUUAGCACCUGUGAGUCUUAGUUUAACAAAUGUUUACAUGACUCUAAAUUACUGCUAGAACUGGAACAUGUCCCUGCUGCUGAGUACUGUGAAAGGAACAGUCCUGCGUCUAUGUGGAAAGGAAGAAUCUUGAUCUUGGUGGGCUUUGCUCAGUCAUGACACUAUAUCUUCAUAUAGCUGACAGCAUAUGAUAUCAUACGCUAUCAGCUUUGUCUGUGAAGCUGUAACUGGAUUUAAAACGGUAGAUAAAUGGUUGAUUUGGCUGCAUUAAAACAGAAAUGAUACAAACAAGAGAAACUAGUUUACUUUAAGCUAAAAUCAGUAUAUAAUGAAAUAAAGGAUUAAUGUGAUCCAAAGUGAUUAGGGCCAUUCUAGCAAAAACUAAUUACAGAACCAAGGGAAGCGUUCACCAUCUCUGAGAUUAAAGUAAUAAGCAUUAAAAUAGGCUUGAAAUAGUUAUUGUCGAUGUCCUAUGAAGAGAUAUUGCUGUAAACAGAGGAAACCAACUCAGACAGUGUGAAACUUGUUUGCUUUUUUUCACCUGUUAGUGUGUCAUUCAUAUUAUAAAAGAUGGGAAUAGCUGCUGCGACUUGAGCCAUUCGUUAGUGAAGUCUCGAUCUGAUCCCUGAGCUGAGAAUUUUUUUUUUUUCCUUUCCAUUGGCAUCUUGGUGUUUUGAAACUUGAUGAACACAGGGUAAAUGUGACCAUACAUUCAGUGUCCAAGGACUUAGUGGACAUCCUGGAUAAGCUUCCUUUCUGACUCUUAGAAGUCAUCGUUAUUUACAAGUUAAGGUAAACUUCAUGUUGCAUUCAGUAUGACCUGAAGCCCAUAAAGGAAAGUGUUUAGUGAGGUCACAUAAAAAGGGUGCUGAAGGCUGCUUUCCCAAAGACCUGUAAAUAACCACAAGUCUUUGCAGUCAGAAGAAUGAAGGAAAAGGCAUUAAAAAGAAGGCAGGUUUAAAGCACUUUAGCACUGACUUCACUUUUCAGACCAAGAAGCUGUGUCCAUAUGUCACCCCCACAGUAUCUUUUGUAUGAUUGAUGUGGUUUCUUGACAAAAGAGAAAAAAAACAGACCAUGAAUCUGUAACUUUGGUCUGAUCAUUUCUGAUGUGUGUAAAUUUUUUUUCUUUCUUUCUUUACCACUACAACCAUCGCGAAUAGUUAUUUUUCUUGUAUACUUGUCACUUCAGUCCAAGUUUUUUCCAUUUAAAAACAUUAUCCACUGUCAUUUGCAUCUGCUUUUUUUUUUUUUUUUUUUUUUUUUUUUUUUUUUUUUAAAUGUAGAAUGGCCCUAAUAAGAACUUUCAUAUAACUUUGCAAAGGAAUUUCACAGAAAAAUAGAAAAAAAAGGCUAUGAAACAAUAAUAGAACGAUCGUCUAGGGACUUGUCGACAUGCUGGAUAAAGAGCUCUGUUACAUUCACUCUAUGGUCAUAAACAGUGAGAUGGAAUCGUUUGUUUUUUGUAUUCAGUUUUGUUUUAAUUUCGGCAGAUCCAACAUGAUCUGACCAUAACAGACGUAUUAUGCAUAAUUCUGUUUUAAGAGAGAAAGAAGGCCACCACAGCAAACAAAACAGUGCUACAGGGAGAGUCACUGACCCAAGAAAUCAGCAUUGUUGAGCCACAAAGCAGUAAUGCCCAUGCAGUGAAAAGGUUUGCACUUAUAAUGCAAAUCUGAAACAACAGACCAUGUGCAUGGUUUUUCAAUUUUAAAAAUGCUUAAAGCAACAACUUUAUUGACUUACUCUCAGCUGAAGUUGAAACUGAAUGUUGUGUUAUCACACUAAUCUUAUAUUGCUAACACGUCCCAGAGCUCUGUUCGGGUGCUCAAAAGCUUCACCUCUCAAAACUGUAAUGGAAAUUGAUAAUUAUAAAUGAAAGUCAUGUUUCCAUUUUUGUAUAAACACUCCAUAAAAUAAGUGGUAUGGCGCCCAGGCAGCACUCUCCACCUGACUGAUGUCUGUAUUAUAUGAUCAUCUCAAGAGUGCCUUGUGUUACACGCAUAAAUGCACCUGAACACUAUAGGAUGGCAUUCCUUUUUUACUUUAAAUGUAUUUACUACUGUAUUCGUUUAUUUUUACAGAGAAGUCAAGAUGAUUGACUGAAAUGGUGUGAAAUUGUUAUUUAGUGCUUUUGCUGUUUUCAGAGUACUAAUGAUAAUGGUGGCAGAAUUUUAAUUUUUGGCUUUAACAGACCUUCAGUUAUACAGAAGCCCAAAAUGUUUCAAAUGAAAACAGUGAAUAAAAUUGGAUAAAUGCUAAAUUGUUUAAAAUAUAUAUGUUGUAAUUCUAUAUAUUCAGUUUUCUAUUAGAUUUUUAUUUAAGUACAUGCAAUUUUUGCUUCAUUAAUUCUUUUAUUUUGUCAAUUAAGUCAGUGACAUCAAUCGUGUUAACAUGCAGAAAAACAGCAAUGAAAACAUUUCUCUCUCCUUGGCAGUAAUAAAUAAAGCCGUGGAAGUGACUGAAUUAACCCACUGAGAUUAGCUCCUGCUGUACUGGUUCUUAAUGUGAGUGUUAAAGAUAUUGUGUGAGGUUUGAAAGAGAACAAGCUCAAAUCUCUGUACAGAUGAUAGGUUGUAAAAUAACACAAGCACCUACCUAACUACCUGCCAUCAUAUUAGCUAUACUGGUAAUUUAGAGGGUUUCAGCCCUGGCUAUGUAGCUAAAUAAGUAUGAAGAUGAUACUCAGUCUGUUCACUAUAUUUAUUUAUAGCAGCAUCUACAUAAGUAGACAUGCUAACAGGCACUAAUUGCACUUGCUAACUAAUGGAUAGGCAAGAGGGCAAGGAGCAGAAAAAAAGUUAAAGAACGUACAAAUUCCGCUAUUAUGUAAAAUGUUUGAAACAAACAGGGAAGAAUGCUAAAUUAAAAACUUUUUAACAUGUUUAACAAUUUAGUUUUUAAACCUGUGUGUUAUAAGUCUUAAAAUGACUAAUUUAUGUAAUGUUGAAUAUGUUGGGCCUGACAACAUAGAAUUCAUAUCUGUGUGUGUCAUUGUUAGGAUGAUAAAACACUACUAACCCGACAAAAACAUGACUUCAGCUUAGAAGCGAGAGAGAUGCAGUGUGGACAGGUUUCAUUGUACUGAAUCAAGUGUGUGUGCACAGUACUAGAAUAAACAUGAAGAAGCCAGUUGCCCUGAUCUAUAAACCAAUGUGCUGUACAAUUUGUGUGUUUCUCUGGUAGAGCUUCAGUCCCACACACUGGACUGUCUGGUUGUGAUCUUCAGAAUGUGGGCUGCUCUUGGGAGUGGAUUUACAGCAACAUGUCUGCUUAAGUCAUCACUUUCUAGCAGACAGAGAAGCAAUUAUGGGCCUACACUUGCUUAUUUGAGAGUUGAACCUCACUGAUGUUGAAUAACAGCAAACAAGUGAACAGAUGACAAAUACUUUAUUCUUGAUGUCAGUGUCUGACUGUCUCAUGCCUUUAUUUCUGGCACGACUGGUGUGUUUCGCACUCCUUGCUCUGUUAUUGCAUAUCAUGCAUAAAGCGGUGACACAGAAUGUCAUUGUGUGGCUGUGUGUAAAUGUUUUCUGUAUUUGUACAGUGAAAGGUAAUGCUGCAGUGUCUUAAAAGUAGCCAUGUGUUGGCUGUAUGCUGUACUGACCAACAGCCAAUUAGGCAGACCCAGUGGAAGUGCUACCUAUACAAACUAAAGGCUACGCUAUUCAUAAAUGGUGGCCUAGUUUACAAAGUAUAUACACUUUAUAUAUAUUUGUAUUUUAUUUUAUUAUGCUAGCUGUAAGUGAAUGAGUAUGUGAGUACAUGUAUAGUAGUUUUCUGUUUGAAGCCCCUGCCACUCAAAGAGUGUUGAGUUGAAACAAAUAUUUAUGCUUUAAUGAGUUCAGCUGUUAAAUAAACUAGUUCAUGACUGA